AUGACUGUCAUCGUUCAUCACUUUGCCUCCAAAGCAGAUUUAUUUAAAAAGCAACGCAUUAAUGUNGCCUUACUGGACUGGCCUCAGGGUACCUUUGCAUCAGAGGUUACACUGGAUGGAGAUAAAAUUAAGGUGGUCAGAGAAAUCGAUGGUGGGCUGGAAACAAUAAAGAUCAACACACCAGCAGUGUUGACUGCAGACCUUCGACUCAACACCCCCAGAUAUGCCACCCUGCCUAAUAUUAUGAAAGCGAAGAAGAAGAAGAUUGCUAAUGUGAAGCCUGCAGACUUGGGUGUGAACCUCACAUCAAAACUGGAGGUGCUGAGGGUUGAGGACCCCCCACAGAGGCAAGCAGGCAUGAAGGUGGAGACAGUGGAAGACCUGGUGGGAAAACUAAAGGAAUCAGGAAAGGUAUAAAGGCUUCAAGAGGACAGGAGCACACAUCCCAACAGUGGACUCUGAUGAUUUAGGACUGUACCACAUGCACAGGAACCGAAUGAGUUUAUGUAUGUCUCGUCCUUCUUGUUUGCAACUAUUGAUCCUGAGCRUGUGCAGUUGGUACUAACAGGAGAAAAUGAAUACUGAGACUCACUGUCCUUCAGUCAUACUAUCCCGAAAAUAUAUUUUUUAUCUGCAUUUUAGCAAA